UGGAGCGGCAAUAUGGCGGCGCCGGGAGCUGGUGACCCUCUUGAUGCUAAGAGUGGAAAGGCCCCUCUCGCGCAGCGCAUCGAUCCGACUCGGGAGAAACUGACUCCUGCGCAGCUGCAAUUCAUGCAGCAGGUGCAGCUCGCCCAGUGGCAGAAGACGCUGCCACAGCGGCGGACCCGGAACAUCGUGACCGGCCUGGGCAUCGGGGCUGUGGUGUUAGCUAUCUACGGUUACACUUUCUACUCGGUGUCCCAGGAGCGUUUCCUAGAUGAGCUGGAAGAUGAGGCCAAAGCUGCUCGAGCCCGAGCUGCGGCAAGGGCAUCAGGACACUGAUCCAGAUGGGCACUGCAUGACCUCUAACCUGCUGGAGCCCCUUCGCAUGAGGAUGAUGCCCCGUGACUGUAGAAGUUUAAGCCUGCUCACAGCAUUGCUGGCCACCUAACUAACCUUGGGCGAUGAUGGAGCCCAGGCAGCCAGAGAUUUGUGCAUUUGGCCAUCAAGGAACAUUGCCCACCUCACACCCACUGUGUGCAGCAGCUGACCCCUUCUUGUAGUUUGUUGUUUUUUUUAAAGGUAUACAAUCUUGGUUUUUCCCAAGCUUUUGGACUUUGUGGUUUAUUCCCUUCACUUCCCAGGGGCUGGGAGGAAGGGGGACAAGAGGUGGGCUGUUAUGGGAGUGGGUGUGGCAACUCUGUGCAGUGUUAGAGCCUAUAGGAAGGAUGGGAUCAGGUUGAGAAUAAUAAACUGAGUCAUCUCUCUUGGA